AUGUUCAAUGUACCUAACGAAUAUUUUCUUUCGUCACCAUCAUCGCCUAGUCUAAUAUUUAAUCAUCAUCAUCAGCAACAACAACAACAACACCAUAAUACACAUUAUCAUCAUCCCUAUAGUCAAAUAUCAGCAUCUUACUAUCCAACGCACGCAUUUGAUGAUAAUCAUAUUCUACAAAAUUAUGAUCAUAAUUUAAUAUGGAAUGAAAAUGAUAUCGAAAUUGGAGGGCAAACAGGUGCUCCUCGUGGUUUUAAACGACGAGUAUCAGCUAAUAAAAAAGAACGUCGCCGUACACAAUCUAUUAAUACAGCGUUUUCCGAUCUUCGUACAGCAAUACCCAAUGUGCAACCAGAUACAAAAUUAUCGAAAAUUAAAACACUCAAAUUAGCAACAAAAUAUAUUGAAUUUCUAAUGGAUAUUUUAUCUAAAGACGAUUCAACUACUAUGCCUAAUACAUUCAAAGCUGAAAUAGUUAAAACACGUCGAGAUCAUCGAGAUUUAAUGAAAUUUGAUAAUUCAUCAAAUACACGUAAAGUAAAAGGGCGAACCGGAUGGCCACAAACUGUUUGGCAAUCAGAAUUAAAUCGUCGUGAAUCGUUUCAUCAAUAUGAUAACAAACACUAA